AAGCUGACGUAACUUCUUUUAUGUAAACGUCAUCUGUUUAUAAUUUUAGCACGUUGUACAAGUUUUUUUAAUUAAAAAAAUAAAAUAUGACAACUGAUAAUGAAGAUAUAAAACUCUUCCAAACAAUUGGAUUGAGUGAACAAAAAGCUAAAGAGACGCUAAAAAAUGCUCAAGUCACCAAACAUCUAAAAUCUGCAAUUAGUGAGGCAUCUAAGCACGGUGUUCUUAACAAUGAAAAUGGAAUACUAUUGUAUCAUUUGGCGUCAAAAGUUAAAGUUCAAAUUGCCGAUAAAUUGCCAUUUAUGUCUGAAUCAAUAGUUAAGAAAAAAUUGGAUACAAUUCAAAGGGUCGAUGCUGCUUUAAAUUAUUUUCUCAGCAAUAUUAAAGAAUCAAUUGACAUUAAAGCAUUUGAAGAUGCUUGUGGUGUUGGUAUUGAAAUUACACAAGAACAAAUCAAAAAUGCCGUUAAUGUAAUAAUUGAAAAAAAUAAAAACGAAAUCAUUGAAAAGAGAUAUCGUUUUAAUGCCGGUCCACUAAUGCAAAAAAUUCGUAACGAUUUAAAAUGGGCCGAUGGAAAAUUAUUGAAAAUUGAAUUUGAUUCACAAUUAUUUGAAUUAUUGGGUGAAAAAACAGAAGCUGAUUUGAUGCCAAUUGUUAAAGAUGGAAAAAAUAAACAAAAAUCACAGGAAAAAGAGAAGAAAAAAUCUGAUAAAGAAAAAAAUGAGAUUGUAAAGGAUAAAAUUGAUGCACAAACAAUUAGUGAAUUAAUGAAAACAAAAGUAAAUUUUCACAAACCUGGUGAAAAUUAUAAAACAGAAGGUUACGUUGUUACUGAAAAUACUCAUAAAUUAUUGAAGGAACAUCUUCUUAUUACUGGCGGUAAAGUGAGAACAAGAUUUCCACCUGAACCAAAUGGAAUUUUACAUAUUGGACACGCUAAAGCAAUUAACAUCAAUUUUGGUUAUGCAGCUGCUUAUGGUGGUACAUGUAAUUUACGUUAUGAUGAUACAAAUCCAGAAAAGGAGGAAGAAAAAUUUUUCAUUGGAAUUCGUGAAAUGGUAGAAUGGUUGGGUUAUAAGCCAAAUGAAAUAACAUAUUCGUCGGAUAAUUUUCAACAACUUUAUAAUUGGGCUGUGAAACUUAUUGAAAAGGGUAUGGCAUACGUUUGUCAUCAAACUAGCGAUCAAAUGAAAGGUUUCAAUCCACCACCGAGUCCAUGGCGUGAGAGGCCAAUUGAAGAAAGUCUUCAACUAUUUCAGGAUAUGAAAGACGGAUUAAUGGAAGAAGGUGAAGCGACACUUCGAAUGAAAGUAACACUUGAGGAAGGAAAACAAGAUCCAGUUGCUUAUAGAAUAAAAUAUGUUCCACAUCACAGAACCGGCGAUCAAUGGUGCAUUUAUCCGACUUAUGAUUUUACACAUUGUUUAUGCGAUAGCAUUGAACACAUUACACAUUCAUUAUGUACAAAAGAAUUUCAAUCGAGAAGAUCAUCUUACUAUUGGCUAUGCAAUGCUGUUGAUAUUUAUUGUCCCGUUCAGUGGGAAUAUGGAAGACUCAAUGUUAGUUACACCGUUGUGUCAAAGAGAAAAAUUGCUAAAUUAAUUGACGAAGGAAUUGUUUCCAAUUGGGAUGAUCCUAGACUCUUUACAUUGACUGCAUUGAGAAGACGUGGAUUUCCCGCGGAGGCAAUUAAUAAUUUUUGCGCACAAAUGGGAGUGACUGGCGCUCAAGCGACAGUUGAUCCUGAAGCGUUGGAAGCAUCAGUUCGAGAUGUUUUAAAUAUCACUGCACCGCGUCAUAUGGUUGUUUUAGAUCCAUUGAAAAUUACCAUUUCCAAUUUUCACGGUGAUUCAAUUUCAAUUUCUGUUCCUAAUUUUCCCAAUGAGCCAGAAAAGGGACAACAUACUAUUACUUUCAACGAUGUUGUUUAUAUUGAAGCCACUGAUUUUAAGGAGAAUGAAGAAAAAGGAUUUCGAAGAUUGACACCAAAACAAUCAGUUGGUUUAAAACAUACAGGUGUUGUUAUUACUUUUCAAUCGGUGGAAAAAGAUUCAAAUGGUAGAAUUACGAAUAUUAUUGCUAAACAAGAGCCAGUUUCUGAUAAAAAUAAACCUAAGGCAUUUAUUCAUUGGGUUUCAAAUCCAUCUACAGCUUCAGUUCGUCUUUAUGAUCGAUUAUUUAAACAUAGAAAUCCAGAAGACAGUAAUGAAGUUCCAAAUGGAUUUCUCAGUGAUAUAAAUCGUGACAGUAAAAAAGAGAUUGUCGCUUAUAUCGAUUCAUCAUUGGAAAAAGUUUCAAAGCCUUUGGAGAAAAUGCAGUUCGAAAGAAUUGGAUUCUUUUGCGUCGAUUUUGAUACAAAACCCAACAAGGUUGUUUUUAAUAGAACUGUCACAUUGAAAGAGGACUCAGGAAAAAUUUAAA